AUGGGCCUAGGCCCAUUAGACUCUCCCGCAGUAAACUCCCCGCGACCGGAAAACUCCCAAAAAGUAACAGAAAAGAUGCAGACAUCCUUCUCGCUGAUCCAAACGGUGGCAAUCUCCGGCGUAUUCUCCGCCGUCUCCUGCUGGUAUGGAUUCAUGUUCGGUAGAGAAUCCGCAAGAAAAGAGCUCGGCGGUUUGAUCGAAGAACUCCGUCGCGGAGGUUCCGAUUCUCCCUCUCCUCCUCCCCAUGAGUGAGUGCAAUUGAUUCGAAGACGGAAUCUCUUAGUUUCGAUUUCAAUUGUUCCCACAGUGUUCAUGAUAAGCUAUCUUGCACUCUAGUCUGAGCAAUUAUUGUAUAAACGAUGUGUUAUCAAAUCAAUUCGAGUUAAUUUCAAAGUAUGAAAGAUUGGAUUUACCAGAC